UGGACCUCGCAGACGUGCGCGCGCGCACACGUCGAAGCACGCCGCGAGCUGCAGAGAGAGAGAGGUGUUCAACUUUUCCCUUUUGUCAACAUUUGAAUAUUUCCCUGCUAUUCUUUUUUUUGUUGUUGUUCUACACUUUGGAGCCGCAAUUGCGUGGGAGAAUAAAGCACCUCCACGAGGAGGACAAAGCAGGUCCACACCCCCCCUUUUUUUUUGUUUUAAUUUCCUCCGGGAAGACGAAGGAGAGUUGCGGGGUUCCCCUGCCUCGGAGGGAGUGCAGCGGCGGAUAACAAGGGGUGGGGGGAGCUCGGGAGACGAGCACCUCGCGGAUAUCUUUUGGACAUGGCGCUGGACAGGAGACUGGACCUGCUGCUGCUCGGACUUGUCUUGCUUGUGCAGUGCGUGCACGACGCCGGAGCCCGGACCGGGGUCGCUUAUUCCUACGUGCAUGGCGGGGAAGCGGUGGAAGAGGACGUGGCCAUGGACCUGAAAACACACGUGCACCGCUGGAGGAGAUGGCUUCCGAACAGCCCGCGGAAUAUGGAGAGUAACAGGGCCAGUCAGGAGCAGGAACGAGAGGAGGAGGAUGCGGCGCAAGAAGAGGAAGAGGCCGAGCGCUUCCCGGGGUUGAUGUCGGCCGAGGACGCUGGCAACAGCUCACAAAUUGAGGAGGACACAGAUCACAACUACUACACAUCCAAAAUUUAUAGCCCGGCCGAGCCAGCAAGCAAGAGUUUGUGGGUAAACAUUGAACAGAUGGACAAGGAGAAAGUGAAGAUUCACGGGAUUCUGUCCAACACGCACAGACAAGCGGCGAGAGUCAAUCUGUCCUUCGAUUUCCCUUUUUACGGACAUUUUCUGCGCGAGAUCACCGUGGCAACUGGCGGGUUCAUUUACACAGGGGACGUGGUGCACCGGAUGCUAACCGCAACGCAAUACAUUGCCCCUCUCAUGGCCAACUUCGACCCGAGCGUGUCCAGAAACUCGACUGUCAUCUACUUCGAUAACGGUACCGCUCUUGUGGUGCAGUGGGACCACGUUCACCUGCAGGACAACUACAACCUAGGCAGCUUCACGUUUCAGGCCACGCUGCACGACACUGGACGCAUUGUCUUUGCUUACAAAGAGAUCCCGGUAGAACUGUCACAAAUAAGCCCUGUCAACCACCCAGUGAAGGUGGGCCUCUCGGACGCUUUUGUGGUAGUCCACAAAAUCCAGCAGAUCCCCAAUGUAAGGCGGCGGACCAUCUAUGAGUACCACCGCGUGGAGCUGACCAAGACAAGGAUCACCAACUCCUCUGCGGUGGAAUUUACACCGUUGCCCACGUGUCUCCAGUUCACAACCUGUGGAACGUGCAUCUCCUCCCAGGUUAACUUCAACUGCAGCUGGUGCCAUCGACUCAACAGAUGUUCCAGUGGAUUUGACCGUCAUCGGCAGGACUGGGUGGACAACAACUGUCCAGAUGAGACUAAGGACAAAAUGUGUGACAUCGUUGACACCACAUACCUCUACCCCUUCACCACACUUGCCGGUGCCAAGACUACACCCAGAAAAAAAGAGGCCCCGCCCUCGACUUUACAGCCCCCCACCAGCGCCCCAACUGAAGAUGAUACCAAGAUUGCGCUGCAUCUCAGAGAAAAUCAAGCGAUGCCAGCAGAAAGCACGGCGGACCGUACGGCGGGCGCGCAUCCCCUGCACACAGGUUUGAUCCUGGGCGUCCUGCUGGUGAUGGUCAUCAUGGUGGCGGGGGUGAUGGUCACCGUCUACAUCUACCAUCACCCGACGUCGGCCGCCAGCCUCUUCCUGAUUGAGAGACGGCCGAGCAGGUGGCCGGCCAUGAAGUUCCGCCGUGGCUCGGGCCACCCGUCCUACGCCGAGGUCGAGCCGGCGGGCCACGAGAAGGAGGGCUUCAUCGUGUCCGAGCAGUGCUGAGGCGGCCGACUCUGCAGC